UAAAAAAAAAAAAUCAGCUCCUCUGGUCUGUCAGGCACCAUUCUGGGGCUAAAGAGAUGAAGACGGUUUGUCGGCGAGAUCAUAGCUCGGUGGAGCACCCAUUCCAGCUUUGGGCGAAAUCAGAGCCACCCAAUCUGUGUGACGGCAGUGUGACGGCAGCCCGCAUGGGCUAAGACGACACCACCCUCUUCCUGCGCGUGUCUCACAUCCUGUUCCCUCAUACGAGGUUUUUUUUCAUUUGGUCCCUUUCUGUUCUUGCAAAACAGAGGUGGGAUGUGGCCAGCUUUAUUUAGGAAGGAAACGGGGACUGCUGCUCCUAAGGUGAUCUCUGGGACUGUGUGCGUCUCCGGGCCUCUCCGCAGGGCCACAGACAGCCACUGCUCACUGCACUGCUGGACGCCAGCUGGACCCGGCUGGGUGCGCUGACACGCCACCGCCAUGCAUUUCAGCUCCAACUCCUUAUGUCUCAUGAGGUCCCCGCGAGAGCAGCGCUGCCGAGGACAGAAGAUGGCCGUUCCAAUGCCAAAGCGAGCUCCCCAGCUGCUGUUCGUCGGCAUCCUGACCCUCACGGCCACGGUCAUCUGCCUGCUGCUCUACGCUCUGCUCUGGAAGGGCGGCGACCUCACUGAUUUGCCCAACCUGAGGCUCGGCUUCUACAGAUUCUGCCUGUGGGACAAGGGCACAGGCUCCCUCCAGUGCCACCAGUUCCCUGAGCUGGAGGACCUGGGUGUGUCUCGGGUUGGCCUGGCCCUAGCCAGGUUUGGCGUGUACGGGGCCCUCGUCCUUACCCUCUUUGUCCCCCUGCCUCUCCUCCUGGCAUGGUGCAACAGUAAUGAGGGCGAGUGGCAGCUGGUGGUGGGCUUCCUGGCGGUGGCCUGCGCGCUGCUGGCCGGCGGCCUGGGCCUCUUCCUUGCCUACACCUGGAAGUGGCUCAGCCUCUCCCUCCUGGGGCCGGGGUUUCUGGCUCUGAGCACUGCCCAGGCCUUACUCAUCCUUUUGCUUAUGGCCACAGCUAUGUUCCCUCAGAAGGCAGAGAAGGGCAAGAGCAAGCUUGAGCACUGCUAGUCUAGCCUAAGGG